AUGUUUCAAGCAAAUUGGACAACUAGAACAGUUUUUAUCUUCCUGGGAUUUUCCCACUAUCCCAAAGUCGAGAUAAUCAUAUUUGUUCUCUGUCUGCUGAUGUACCUGACCACCUUGCUGGGCAAUACUGUUCUGAUCUCCAUCACCAUCCUGGAUUUCCAUUUGCACACUCCUAUGUAUUUCUUCCUCAAUAAUCUCUCCUUUCUGGACAUCUGGUAUACUUCUUGUGCUCUCACUCCCAUGCUGGUAAAUUUUGUUUUAAGGAAAAAUACCAUCUCAUCAGGAUGUGCUUCCCAGAUGUACUUAUCUCUAGCUAUGGGCUCCACCGAGUGUAUACUCCUCUCCAAGAUGGCACAUGAUCGGUAUGUGACUAUCUGCAACCCCCUGAGAUAUCCCAUCAUCAUGAACAGGAGGCUCUGUGUAUAGAUUGCAGCUGGAUCGUGGGUGAAAGGCUGCCUCAUUGCCCUGGUAGAAACUCUAUCUGUGCUGCAGCUGUCUCUCUGUGGAAACAGCAUCAUUAAUCACUUUGCUUGUGAGAUUUUGGCUGUACUGAAAUUGGUUUGUGGAGAUAUCUCUAUGGCACAGUUAAUAAUGCUGCAGAUCAGCAUACUUAUUCUUCCCAUGCCAAUGAUAUUCAUAUGUAUCUCUUAUGCAUUUAUCCUCACCAACAUCCUAAGAAUCAGCUCAGUGGAUGGUUGUAGCAAAGCCUUUUCAACGUGUGUGGCUCACUUGACGGUGGUGGUUUUGUUCUAUGGGACAGCUCUCUCUAUGUACCUGAAGCCCUCAGCCAUAGAUUCACAAAGGCUGCCUCCACAGGUCAACAACCUCAUCCUCUUCGUCUCUGAGUCUUCCUGCCAGGAACAUCCUUCAUGUGGACAUCCUCCUUCUACUACUCAGGCUCUGACUCCAUGCCAUACUGCCCUUUUGCAUAAGUGUUCUCACUCCUCCUGGACUCAGAUUUAA